AUUUUUUUUUUGCCGACAUGGCAGAGACUUGGACAGUUGACUAACGGUCAACGGGUUUGACCGUCCAAACAAACGGUCAAACCACGUUCCAGGCCAAUUCUGUCUAUAUGCUGCAUAGUUUAGGCCAGGAUGUUAAUUUCUCAAACCAAGAACCAAAAUUAAUUACAUGGUCAUAGUUCAGGUCAUAAUAAGAUAUUAACCUAAAGAUAAUGAUCAUAUACCAAAUAGGCAACCGGUGCACUAAUAUUUUGUUGUUGGGAAUUCAUCGUGGUUGGAUGAGACAAAAAAGAUUAACUAGUGUGCAUCAAGACGGAGGAGCUUUUUAGUGACCAUUGGCACCUUUAUGUGUGAUUACUUAAAACAAAGCUUGCAAACACGUAGUCAAAUUAUUGACAAAUACGUGAGAGAUUAAGGAAUUCUAAGGAACCAUCAACCAUUCGACCUUGAGAGGACGAGUUUCUCAAUGGAUCCUAAUGAAUCAUGAGAAGACAGAGUUUUCGGUGAAAUUAAAGGAGUAUUUAUAAGAAUUAUGUCGUUAAAAGUUCUUAAGGUGGAGCAUUCCUGAAAUGUUCCAAAAAGCAGAACGGUGUGGUAUUAGGCCAAAACAAAUAUGAUCUUGGUAAGAAAAAUGUUGGAAUGUUGUAUCUGUCGUGAGAGAAAAAAAUAUUUUCCCACCAAGUAUUGUAUAUAAAGGUUAAAUUUUGGGUCACUAAAUUAAAAAGAUAUUGUGAUAACUAAAUUCCUCAUUUUGGCGUGGCUUUGCAAAGCAGUUGUUUUAAUCCAAUUUUGUAGAGCAGCGAACAUUGUGAUUGUAGUCGCUGAAUAUCUCAUGAAUUUAUAUAUAGAUUAAAAUAACAUAAAUUACUUUGAUUCUCGAUCUCAAAGUUCUCGUUCAUACAUUGUUUGAAAAAGUGUGAGCCAUAAUAAUAGGUGUGCCUACGGUGACAUGCAUGUUAUGGUGACUUGCACUUUCCGGUCGACCUCAAUUAGGAUUAGGUCGACCUCAUUUAGAAUUCGGUCGACCUCAUAUAGGAUCAGGGCAACCUAAUCUGUUGUUUCAGUGUAAAAGCAGUUCAUGGUGCCUACUGUGGAUAUUCAUAUCAUACAAUUGGCUAGAUGGAAAUUGAAGACUAAUGACUUGUUUUGAAACUGGAGUGUCCCUCUACAUAUUGAAGUGGAAGAGAGCUCGAUAGGAAGUCCAGAAGAGCAUCUUUUAACCUCAUCAAAAGGCUAUGCCAAAACUGGGAAACUGCCUGGAAAUGGCUAAGUCCGGAAACAUGUUUGUGAAGCCUAUUUUGGAGCUCAAUUCGAGAAGCAUGAAUGCGAGUCGAGUCCAGGAGCCUCUACCACGUUAAAUUAGGUAUGUUUUUAUACAAAUUCAAGGCAUUGGAUGAAAGAUUGGAUAUCUGUAAGACUUCAAACAAAAGGGUCGAAGUUGCUACGAAGGCUGGUUUUCUGGCAGACUUCGAGCACAAGCAAGCUGCCAGAAAAACAACCUUUGUAGCAACUUCGAGCCUUUUGUUUGAAGCCUUAAAGAUAUUCAAUCUUUCAUCCAAUGCCUUGCCUUUGUAUUAUAAAAUAUGUAAUUUAACGUGGUAGAGGCCCCUGGACUUGACUCGCAUCCAUGCUUCUCAAAUGGAGCUCCAAAGUAGGCUUGACAAACACGUUGCCAGACUUGCCAUUUUCAGGCAGUUUCCCAGUUUUGGCAUUGCCUUUUGGUCAGGUUCAAAAAUGGUAUUCUGGACUUUCUAUUGAGCUCCCAAGUAGGAAUGGCAAUGGGGCAGGUCCGGGGCGGGUAUCUCGAUACCCAUACCCGCCCCAUGGCAGGUCGGGUCCAGGUCGGAUAAUUUAUCACGGCGCGUGGGUCGGGGCAUGUCGACCCAUUGGGUAUGUAAUUUAUGUGAAAAAUAUUAGAAAUAUUCGUUCUUUUCAUUGAAAGACCAAGAAAGAAACCAUAAUAUGAUAAAAUGUAGUUAAAUUAUUGAAGAAAUUGAGGUUUUCACUUAUUUACAACUUUAUUAUAGCUAAAAUAUAAUGUAAUAAGAGGAAAAUUUAAGUAAUUUAACUAAUAUUAUAUGUAAUUUAGGCAAGAACGGGUCGAGAAUGGGGCGGGUCAGGGCAGGUCGGGUCGAUGAGAGGUACCCAUGCCCGCCCCGCCCCGCCUACGGGGCGGGUUUGACCCGCCCCAAAACAGGUCAAACAGGUCGGGGAAAUCGGGUCAAGUCGAAAUUGCCAUCCCUACUCCCAAGUACUUUAAUGUGUAGAGGGACACUUCAGCUUCAAAACAAGCCUUUAAUCUCCAAUUUCCAUCUAGCCAAUUGUAAGAUAUGAAUCUCCAAAGUAUGCACCAUGAAACUGUUUUUACACUAAAACAACAUAUUAGGUCGACCUAAUCAUAUAUGAGGUCGACCGAAAAGUGCAUGUCACCGUGACAUGCAUGUCACCGUAGCAAAUCCUAAUAAUAUAGAUCCCCAUCCUCGUCAAAGUGAGACCUAUCUAUAUAACAAAACAAAACAAAAUUCUACCACCUACAUUAUAGUGCUCACGAAGGAAGAGAUAUUUUGUGGAAGAAAUGGGGCUAUGUAUGUUGCUCGAAUCACUUUGUUCUUCGUUAACCUUUCUUGGAAAGCAAAAGGAGGAAAAAGAGAGCAACCCUAUUUGUCAUUUUCUAGCAUAUUGAAGCCUUCAACUCGAUAUGCAAUCUUUCAUUAUCAUAACAAUUGCCAGCCAAAAACAUCAUUUUCAUAUCUUUUGGUUUUUUUUAAUAGAUUUAUUAGUUUAGCUAAGGGAAACUUGCAAUCCACGUUGUUUGCAUAUUGUCCAUGGAGCAAUCAAUGGAGGUGAUGAUAUUGUUGCUAUUACUAUGUAAGCAUGAAUCCCCCCUAUCCACAUAAAUGUUCUUUUAAAUCGAUGUAGCCCAAGAUUGUCAACACCUGGGUCGAUCCAGAUUAAUCCGAAUAUGGUGAGGAAAACGAGUGUCAGACCUCACUAGUCGACUAGUAUCAAGGUUCCCUUCGCCUAACCUUACCGUUGAAAACUGAACAUUUGAAUAUUGAUGUUAUAUUAGCAUGUUUGAAUUUACAUUAUAUGUUAGAUCUAAGUACGAACUGCUCUGUUAGUGUAAUGUUAUAUGUUAUUGUCCAUAUGUCAGACGAGGUUUGAUAUAAUUUAUAAAUGUAGGAACAAUAUAAUGAUCUUUCUCAUAUAUCUGAGCUAAAUCUAUUGGACUUUUAACCCUCAACCUACUAUAACAUGCUAAACAUCCUUGAUCUAGCCCAUUAAGUACUCACACACAAUAGUUUAAUGCACAAAGUCGAUGUCUCAUUCGUUACCAAAUGAGUUAACUCAUGUCUAGCAAGCUAACUCAAUUACAAGGUCGGAGGCUUUAUCCAUAUCUCUAACCUGAAUAAUACUAGAUCGUCAUAUCAAAAGCCUCAUAUGUUUGCGAGGUGCUUCAUGAUUUUCAUUUUUAUACCCAAUUUCUUCUAUACCCUAAACACAGUGCUUGAUUACUCUUCAACUACGUUAUGUCGAAAAUAUAUUUUUUGUCGCUCAAACAAAUCCGAUUUUAAAUUUAUCUCUCACUCUUUUAAGCUUCCAAAUUGUGAUGUAACCUUCCAUUAGUAAUGAAAAGAGGAAAUAGGGUACACGUUGCCAUUCAAUGGCUCCUUUGACAAAAAAAUAUGGACGGUGAUGGAGGAAAGAUUGAAACUUAUUGGUUGCAAUCAACCAACAAACUUUUGAUGUCAUUGUAAAAUUGCCUUUGUCCCUUUUUGGUGUAGCUUUUUUCUCCCCAAAAUAUUUAAUUUAAAGGCAUAUCUAUUACAAAGUGUAAAAGACAAUUCAUUGGAAAUUACCCGAGAAAGCAUAAAGAAAUACCCAAUUGGUUGCUUAGUUGAACCGGAAUUUGAUCAUUGUGUAACCCUUCAAUUGUUAAUUUAUUUGCUUAAUUUAGGUUAACUUUUCUAUAACCCAUAAUUGGACCACUAAAAUGUUAUUAUCCUUCAAAAUUUUGUGUUGUAUUUAUUAUUGAAGAAGUUAAUUAUUCUUUAUUUCCCCCUUUGUUUUGAGAAGGGGACAAGAUGUUGUUAAUGAUAUUAUUACACAGAAGACAAUGGCACUUGUACAUGUCAUUGACUAGAUCAAAUAGCAAUAAAAUUCCAGACCUUGAAUUGUUAUCCUUCUUACCACUUGAGGAGCCAAUUGGAUUUUCAUUUUGGAUUUGGAUCAUUCACUUGUAAAAGUGGAUUUGCAAAUUGCAAUGACAAACUACAGUGGUUUAUGGAUAAGUGCAUAAUUAAAUGAUCAUAAUAAUUCUUGCUAUUGUGACCAGUUGGUUUAUGAAUCUUUCGAUGAAUUUGUCCGUUAAUCACCUUGAUUGCUCACAAUGUAUUUAUCGUAUGACAACAAUUAGCACGACUAGCAUCACACUAUUACACGCCCCCUCAAACGAAAGGCAACCCACGGGCUUGAAGUUUGCACAGACCCACCAUACCUUGUGCUUUUAAUCAAAGGUUAGUAUUGGGGGUCGUGGAGAUUCGAGCACACGAUCACUUGACAAAACAAGCUCUGAUACCAUGUUAUGAACCAAUUGAUCUCAAUAACUCGAAUUAUUGGAAGAAAGUUCUGCAAGAUCUUAUACCACACUCUUACUAGAGAAACUCGAAUAUCAAUCCAUGUCUCCGCGAACUUCAUUUUAACAUAUGACCCAAAACUAUAUUCAGCCACUAUUUCACAAAUAGAAGAACAGAGAAAAAUCUGGAAAUUUUUAACGGCUCCCAUCCAGCCAGCUAGCCAGCCAAACAUCCUCCCAAGUCCCAACUACUGCUCUUUACUUUUCCCUUUGUUUUUCCUUUCAAACUAUAAAGAAGAAAACAAAACAGGAAGCACCUUAGAUUUUGCUCCCAACACAUAUUCCGUAGAAUCUUCUUCACCCUUCUCCUUAGUCCUUUCCCCCACACCUCCAAUUGCUCUCCUCCCAUUUCCCCUCUUAAAUUUCCCCAUCCCUGUACUCAGUUGCUUCCUUCCUUGGACACCCACACCACAAACAAAGCAUCCAACUUGCUUCUUCUACAGCAGUCUUUUGGACUCUGAAUAAAUAAACAAAGAUCACUUUUUUUCUAUCCUCAACUUCUUCUUCCACUUGGCCACAGGUCCAUAGGCAAGUAAAACACAGAAAGAUAAACUGCAUAAAAGGGAGGGGCCGAAAUCAUGUGUGUUCAGGACGCAGAGAGCGUUGCCCAGGAAGCGGAAGUGGAGGAGGAAGAGAAGAGGAUGCUGAAGAACGACGGCGGCGGCGGAGGAGGAGGAAGCAGCGGCGGCAGUACUAACAAGAAGCAGGCUCGGCCGUGCAACCAUACCCAGAUGGAUAAUUGGGAGAAAGACUGCUCCUUUAUGGCCUCCGGCGUCGGUGGUAACUCCUGCCCUCUGGAGAGCAUUAACGAGGAUAGAGUCUCAGCAGAAAGGAAGAUGACCAAUUUUGUCCCUGCCCUUAGGUCAGGGGAGUGGUCUGAUAUUGGUGGCCGCCCUGAAAUGGAGGACACUUAUGUUUGCAUUAGUGACUUGGCUAAGAAGUUUGGCUGUGAUGAUCUGCUGACUCAGGAGGCCAUUUCUCUCUACGGUGUAUUCGAUGGCCAUGGGGGAAAAAGCGCAGCACAAUUUGUCCGAGACCACUUGCCGAGGAUCAUUGUUGAAGAUGCCGACUUUCCUCUCGAGCUCGAGAAAGUGAUUACGCGAUCGUUUGUGGAGGCAGAUGCUGCUUUUGCAGAAUCAUGCUCUUCUGGUUCCACAAUCUCUUCCGGUACAACUGCACUAACUGCAAUGAUAUUUGGGAGGUCAAUGCUCAUAGCAAAUGCAGGUGACUGCAGGGCAGUCUUAUCAAGAAGUGGAAUGGCGAUCGAGCUGUCCAUGGAUCAUAGGCCAUGCAGCAUUAUCGAGAGACUCCGAGUCGAGUCAUUGGGAGGAUAUGUCGAUGAUGGUUAUCUCAACGGUCUUUUGGGUGUUACACGUGCACUGGGAGACUGGCACCUCGAAGGAAUGAAGGACACAGGUGAAAAGGAAGGUGGUGGUGGCCCACUGAUUGCUGAACCAGAGCUCAAGCUAAUCACACUGACACGCGAGGACGAGUUUCUGAUCAUAGGUUGUGAUGGAAUCUGGGAUGUGUUUUCCAGCCAGAAUGCGGUGCACUUUGCCAGGAGGAGGCUUCAGCAGCACAAUGAUGUGAAGCAGUGCUGCAAAGAAAUGGUGGAGGAAGCUAUCAAACGAGGAGCGACCGACAACUUGACGGUUGUCAUUGUGAGCUUUCACUCAGAGCCGCCUCCAUCGACUGUAGUUCCGAGGGGGAGAGUGAGGAGGAGCAUCUCUGCUGAGGGACUGCAGAACCUGAGAUGUCUGCUACAAGGAUAAUGCCGAUAAUAAUUGUCUUCUUUUUCGGUUUUCUUCGCCCAUGCUUUUAGGAGGGUAAGAAGCUAAUCAAUAAUGGUGCAUACAUCUUUUUCUUUUCUUUUUUGUAUAUACAUUCAUAUUGGGGAACAAUAGAUUUCCCCUUGCCCUCAUUCAGUGUCGAGGAACUGUAAUAUCAAAUUCUGGACAUAAUGUUUUGAGAUGUACAUACAUAUAUAAUUCAUCCUCUAUGAACCACUCAUUUUGAUCUUGAUAUGAGAUCGAAUCAGAUCAUCCUAAAUGUGAUCACAUUGUGAGUUUAUGUCUUUAACAGUGAUUACGAAAGUGGAAUGAACAACUCCAAACUUCCAAGCAGCCCUUUCAGCCAACUAUUAGGUUGUAAAUUAUCGUUCUUACCACAGCGAGUUCAACACUUGUGGCGAAAAUCAACAAUGCAGCGCCAUCCACUACCGCUUGGCUACUUCUUUGAUAGCUAUCAUACGGUGAUCACGAAAGUGGGGGUUAGUGACUCCGAACUUCCAACCCGCCCUUUCAGCCAGCUAUGAGACUGUACCUUAACAUUCAUGCCACUGAGCUCAUCACCUGUGAGAAAAUCAACAGUGGAGUUCGACAUCCAUUGUCACGCUGGUAAAUUUGCAAUUGAUGCAGCCAGUAUGAACACUUAGCCUGCACGCAGUAUCUAUCAACUAGAUUCUCAAUGUCGCGCAACAAUUGCCAAGAGCAACUGUAUCUGAAUGGUAUCUCUACUUCUAUCAUAUGGAACAACUUCUGUAAUCUGUAUGUUGCUAUAAUUUGAGAGGGAGAAUACAACUCAAAAGGUGAAUCUUAAACCAAAAUGAAUUCUUCUGUUCUUCAAAUGCCAGAAUAUAUCCCCAAAUUCUUUGGACAAAAGAGAGAAGCGAACUAAAACCUACAUUCAGAAAGAUCACAAAAACAAAUAGAAAUAGGCUAUUCAC